AUGAAAUCAUUAAACUCUUUUUUGUUUGGUGAAGAAACUUGUUUUACUAUUCAUGGCUACCCAUCUUGCCCUUAUUAUCAAAGAGCGAUUAAAUUAGGGGAUGCAAUCGAACAAGGAAAUAAAAAUAUUAAAGUAACAGUGAACGAAGUGGAUAAAGAAGAAUGGAAAGAAUUUUUAGAAAAAGAAUCAGUUGGAUUAGGCCAAAGGGCAAAAUAUCAUCAAACAUGCCCAAUGGUAGUUGAAGGUUGUACUGAUGAUUCCAAAGCAUUUGUUGGUGGAUUUAGCGACUUUUUAAAUCAAUCAAAAAAAAGAAAUUAUCUUAAAUCAAAUAAAUAA